AACCAGAAAACGCACAUGUGUAUUUAACUGCUAGGCACGAGACAUUACAUAAAGGGGAGGAAUCUCUUUGGGAAAUGAAUUUUUCUCAUAAAUGGUGCAAUCGAUCCUUCCCCGAGGACUUGGACUUUUCUCUGCAUUGAGGCUCAGUUACUAGGGAGACUGAACCACGCGCCAGGUCAGAAUAGGCGGUAAGUAAGGCAUUAAUUCCAGGAAUCAUUUUGACCUUCUCAAGAUGGCGCCAAACCCUUAAUGUCAAUCAGCACGCUCACUCCAUGACUUCCUCUAUGGCUUCCACUUCCUGUCUAAGGACCCAACUUCUGUCCGAAGUUGUGGCGGAACACAUGCCCUGUUAGUGAGUUCUUUUUCCUCCGACGAGAACUAUUAGAAGUAUAUAAAAUAACAUGAGUUCCGUGUAUUACGAGGUUUCGCCGUCAUCCGUGGCUCACAGUUUCUCUCUAGGUGGCAGGAGAGCAGGGUUUUGAUCAGGCGCGCGCCGCGGGCAGCUUCUACUUCAGUGGGUCUUCGGCGGCAGAGUGAGGACCCGUGAGUCACUGGAGGCGCAAGAUGGCGACGGCGGCCGCAGCAUCGGCUUCGGAAGUGGAGGCUGAGCCCAAGGCCGGGCCCAAGGCCGAGGGCGAGGAGGUUGAAGCUAAGGAGGCUAGGACGAGGAGGAAGGUGUUAUCGCGGGCCGUGGCCACCGCGACGUACAAGACGGUGGGGCCGGAGUGGGACCAGCAGGAGGAAGGCGUGAGUGAGAGCGAUGGAGAUGAGGAGUACGCCAUGGCUUCCUCGGCCGAGAGCUCCCCGGGGGAGUACGAGUGGGAGUACGACGAAGAGGAGAAGAACCAGCUGGAGAUCGAGCGGCUGGAGGAGCAGCUGUCUAUCAAUGUCUAUGACUACAACUGCCACGUGGACCUGAUCCGGCUGCUUCGGUUGGAAGGGGAGCUUACCAAAGUGAGGAUGGCCCGCCAGAAGAUGAGCGAGAUCUUUCCUUUGACCGAAGAGCUCUGGCUGGAGUGGCUGCAUGACGAGAUCAGCAUGGCCCUGGACGGCCUGGACAGAGAGCACGUGUAUGACCUCUUCGAGAAAGCGGUGAAGGAUUACAUCUGUCCUAACAUUUGGCUAGAGUACGGCCAGUACUCAGUCGGCGGGAUUGGUCAGAAAGGUGGCCUUGAGAAAGUCCGCUCUGUGUUCGAAAGGGCCCUCUCGUCCGUCGGGUUACACAUGACCAAGGGACUCGCCAUCUGGGAGGCUUAUCGGGAGUUCGAAAGUGCCAUCGUGGAAGCUGCCCGGCUGGAGAAAGUCCACAGUCUCUUCCGGCGACAGUUGGCGAUCCCACUCUACGAUAUGGAGGCAACGUUUGCAGAGUAUGAAGAAUGGUCAGAAGACCCCAUACCAGAGUCAGUAAUUCAGAACUAUAACAAAGCACUACAGCAGUUGGAGAAAUACAAACCCUAUGAAGAAGCACUGUUGCAAGCCGAAGCACCCAGGCUGGCUGAAUAUCAAGCAUACAUCGAUUUUGAGAUGAAAAUUGGAGACCCCGCCCGCAUUCAGUUGAUCUUUGAGCGCGCGCUGGUCGAGAACUGCCUUGUCCCAGACUUAUGGAUCCGUUACAGUCAGUACCUAGAUCGGCAGCUGAAAGUAAAGGAUUUGGUUUUAUCUGUACACAGUCGCGCUGUUAGAAACUGCCCGUGGACAGUUGCCCUGUGGAGUCGGUACCUCUUGGCCAUGGAAAGACAUGGAGUUGAUCAUCGAGUGAUUUCGGUGACCUUCGAGAAAGCUCUGAGCGCUGGCUUCAUUCAGGCCACUGAUUAUGUGGAGAUCUGGCAGGCGUACCUUGAUUACCUGAGGAGAAGGGUCGAUUUCAAACAAGACUCCAGUAAAGAGCUGGAGGAGCUGCGGUCUGCGUUCGCCCGCGCCUUGGAGUACCUGAAGCAGGAGGUGGAGGAGCGUUUCAGUGAGAGUGGAGAUCCAAGCUGCCUGAUCAUGCAGAACUGGGCUCGGAUUGAGGCUCGACUGUGCAAUAACAUGCAGAAAGCCCGGGAGCUCUGGGACAGCAUCAUGACCAAAGGGAACGCCAAGUAUGCCAACAUGUGGCUUGAGUAUUACAACCUGGAAAGGGCCCACGGUGACACUCAGCACUGCAGGAAGGCUCUGCACCGGGCUGUCCAGUGCACCAGCGACUACCCGGAACACGUCUGUGAGGUGUUGCUCACCAUGGAGAGGACAGAAGGUACUUUAGAAGAUUGGGAUAUAGCCGUUCAGAAAACCGAAACUCGACUGGCUCGCGUUAAUGAGCAGAGAAUUAAGGCUGCGGAGAAGGAAGCAGCCCUCGCCCAGCAAGAGGAAGAAAAGGUUGAACAACGGAAGAGGGCCCGGGCAGAGAAGAAAGCGUUGAAAAAGAAGAAGAAGACCAGAGGCUCGGACAAGAGCAAAGCUGAUGAGGAUGAUGAGAAAGAGUGGGGUGACGAUGAGGAAGAGCAGCCUUCCAAGCGCAGGAGGGUGGAGAACAGCGUUCCUCCCGCUGGGGAGGCUGAGCCGGGCCCAGAAGCCCGCCCGGGCCUCUGUGGGGGCAGCGCCCCUGCGGCCGCGGAGCCCCCCUCCGAGCAGCAGGAGCAGCGGGCGGCCGCCCGAAGGAGGGAUGUGCCCAGGGUGCCGCACGACAGCAGCAAGGACGGCGUCACCGUCUUCGUCAGCAACCUGCCCUACGGCCUGCAGGAGCCUGCUGCCACGCUCCGGCCACUCUUCGAGGCCUGCGGGGACGUGGUCGAGGUCCGCCCCAUCUUCAGCAACCGUGGCGACUUCCGGGGCUACUGCUACGUGGAGUUUAAAGAGGAGGCGGUGGCCCUGCGGGCCCUGGAGCUGGAUCGGCAGACCGUUGAGGGGCGGCCAAUGUUUGUCUCCCCCUGUGUGGACAAGAGCAAAAACCCAGACUUCAAGGUGUUCAGGUACAGCACUGCCCUGGAGAAACACAAGCUGUUCGUCUCGGGCCUGCCAUUCUCUUGCACGAAAGAGGAACUAGAAGAGAUCUGCAAGGCCCAUGGCACUGUGAAGGACAUCCGGCUGGUCACCAACCGGGCCGGCAAACCCAAGGGCCUGGCCUACGUGGAGUACGAAAACGAAUCCCAGGCAUCUCAGGCCGUCCUGAAGAUGGACGGCAUGACUAUCAAAGAGAACGUCAUCAAAGUGGCCAUCAGCAACCCACCUCAGAGGAAGGCUCCAGAAAAGCCAGAGGCAAGGAAAGCCCCGGGGAGCGCCAUGGUGCCGCGGCAGAUCUACGGAGCGCGGGGGAAGGGGAGGACCCAGCUCUCUCUGCUGCCCCGCGCCCUGCAACGCCCAAGCGCCACCGCGGCCCAAGCUGAGAACGGCCCUGCCCCGCCGCCGGCGGCCACCGAGGUACCCAAGAUGUCCAAUGCCGACUUUGCCAAGUUGCUUCUGAGAAAGUGAGUGGGACUGUGCGAGAAGGGAAAUGCCUUACUUGAUGCUGGCCGGGAAGACGCCCGGUGGCCCAGCUGCGCCCUGGCUGUGCAGGACCUGGGGCAGCGCCCGUGGCCACACGCUUGCUCUGGUUUAGGUAGGACGGGAAAAGGGUGUCCAGGGAAAGAGGCUUUAAGUGCUCCCUCAUAUUGAGGGCGAGAGGACGAAAACGGUCACUCCACAGGCUGGGCGCAGGGUGCGGUUUCCUAAGAUGUGUCUUAAAGAGUGAGAAACAGAAGUGAAACGCGAACACACCAUUUUGAGACCCCCUUGUCCAAAUAUUUUUGGCCACCUCUGGUCCCCUUUUUAUAAGACACUUCUCUUACACCCUGCACAGCACAUGUGCCCGUCACUCUUUUUAAAAGACAAAAUGGCAGAUGUUAGUAAUUCACCAGAAUGGCCUAUUUUAGUAAAGGGGUGGGGGCAAGGGGCACAUAAAAAACAUCUGAUGGGCUUUUGUUCACGGGGGCUGUGCGUUUUUAUAUUACGUAUUUGUAAAUGACACGUCAACCCACUGUUUUGUUUCCUAAAAGCAAAAUACUUGUGACAUUUGUUUUGUAUAGGAAUUCUGUGCGCCAUCUGCUAUGGACGUUUUUCUUUGCCUAGUGACUAGUGAACUGUGUUCUUUGUCUAAAUGUUGAGUUUCAGCCCUUUGGUUUUGUUUAAAUAGCAUUGUCAAGUGCAAACUUAAAUUCUCCCCAUUUAGCUUUGUUUAUUAAACUGAAGUUCUCUUAAAAACUUCUUGUCGAAAGGUACCCAGAUGUGCAUUCAAAUAUGUAUUUUGAAAUGGGUGUACCUUGGUUUACCUAAUGGGUGUGUAAAUAGAACUUUUGUAAGUCAAAUCCGCUUGGCACUUUGAUUUAAACCAUUUCUGCUGUGAUGUCUUUGGUUUUAAACUAUAGUUUAGAGCAGUUUGGCGCUUACAGCUUUCAAGUUUUUUACCCACAUCUUUUAUCCAGUAUUUAUUGCUUUGAAAGUGACAUUGGCAGUUCAGUAGGGAAACUGACUUUAUAAAGGCACUCUGGGGGAAAAAAUCGGAAUUCUCAUUUAUCUAUUUCUAAAGGUUUUAUGCAUCAUUCAGGCUUUCCUAUAUUUUUUAACUUAACAUUUUUAAUGGACAAUUUGAAACAGAUAAGUAGAAUAGUAAACUAAGCCCCGUGUGCUUGUCAUCGAGCUUCAGCAUUGCUUAGCUCGUAGCCCGUCUUCAUCUCCACCUCCUGCCCCUCUUGUAUCCCCUGUGUUCUGGAGGGAUAUCCCAGACAUCAUUAGUGCUAACCCAAUAACACUGUAGCAUGUAUUUCUAAGGACUUAAAGGCCGUGGUUUUAUCAUUUCUAGAAACAUUAGCAGUAAUACCUUAAUGUUAUCAACCAUCCAGGCAAAUCUCCAAUUCCCUGUUUGUUGUUUUGUAAAUAAGUUUUUUAGUUGAUAGGUUCUCUGUACCUCAUCUUUAUCUUCUGCACAGAAUGUUUGUUGUUAGGUGUUUUUGAAUUCAAGCAGCGGCUGUGAAGCAGUCAGAAGAAACUGUGUUCUCUGGGAUGGCCGGCCAUCCACUUCCCUGCAGAGAGGCCCAUUCCGUGGGUGAGAGGAUGUGGGUCAGUCGGGGACCAAGGGGCCAUGGACCUUUCCUUAGCAAUCCAGGUCAUGUGGUGCUAAACGGUUUUGUUCUCCUGCUGUUGCCAAUCCUCUGACUUCACUUCACCCUCUCAAAUGUCCACAGGGGCUUGUUACAGAGGUGGACCUUUCAGACUCGAGCAGGACCCGAUUUAGGUGCAGGGUGUUGACUGUUCUAGAAAUAGAUUUUCAGGAACUUAGGAGUGGGUUUAUGUAGUCCUGGGGGGAAAAAAACUGAUGGUAGAUAGAUACAUGAAAAACCAUUUCGGCUACUCGUGUCUUAGUGCAAGAUCAGCGAUACAUCCCUGUCAGCAUAACCAACCAGUUCUGUCUCGUUGUCUUGUUGAAAUAAUUACCAUCUUGGAUCUGUUUUUCUCCCAGAACAAUAUAAAGAAUAGGGCUAAAGUUCUGAAAGAAUCCCUCCCUCACGCUUAGGAUAGAUGGGAACAUCUCUCUCUUGAAUAAGGUAGCAAAGUCUCAGGCAUUUAUGUAACAAAAUACUUUACUUUAUUAGUAAUUUGUUAAAAUAAUACUCUUCACAUAGCUAAAGUGCAAAUUUCUCCCUCUAGUACAAAGCAAGCACUUCUGUCAGGCUUCCUUGGUGUGCUUAUAAAGAGCAAGAUGAUAGAAGAGUUAAGGUUUAAGAAAUACCUUAUGGCAGCAUACAAAUACAAAAAUAUUUUUUAUCAAGGUUUGAAUAACUAUCACUUGGGGCCAUUUCAUACAUCUUUUCACUUAUUAAUCUUUCAGAAAAUUACUCCAUGCUUAUUAUACAAUUAAAUAACUGUAUAAACACUG